AUGCAACUUAAAAAACUUUUAUCUUUCAUCCUCCUUGGUGCAGCUACUGUUUCUACUCAAGAAUCAUCACAACAAACUACGCAAACACCUACUGGUAAUAGCUCUGCUACCAUUGCUGAGCUUUUAACGGAUCCUAAUAACAAAUUGGGCAUCAAGAAAUUUGCUGGUCUCCUUCAAUCUGAUUCUGGCUAUCAACCUAUUAUUGAUCUUUUAAAUAACCAAACCGCUAAUUAUACUUGCUUUAUUCCUAGUGAUCGUACUAUGAAUAAGGCUAUGCAUAUUUUCAAGUCGUAUGCAAAUGCAAACAAUUUGAACAUCACUAAUGACUAUCCUCCUGCUAGUUUCACUAUUAGCAAUAUAACUAUUUCUGAUAUUAUAUACUAUCAUAUUGUUAAUGACUCAAUUCAACUCUCUAAUUUGACAUCAUAUACUAAUAUUGUUUACUCUAUGUUGAAUAAUGACUCUAUUAAUUUCCUUGACACCGGUUUGCCUAUUCUUAUUGAAAAUAAUGCUUCAUAUGAUGAAUUUAAUGACCAAGCAUGGAUGAAUAAUAAUAGUCAAUAUCUUGAAUAUGAAGUUGGUAAUGGCGAUGACGAUGGUGAUGUCCUUUAUAAAGACAUUGAAGCCUCUAAUGGUUAUAUCAAUAUUAUUGACACAGUUUUGUUCCCUCCUAUGAAGCCUACUGAAGUUAUUGAUCGUGUCGAUGAUACAGAAACGUUCGCUAAGCUUUUGAAGAAUCAUCCUGAAGUUUCUGAAGAAUUGAAUAAUGCAAAGAAUUUUACUCUCUUUGCUCCUGAUGAUGAUGCUUUAGAAGAUUUCGACUUUGAUAACUUAAGUAAUGAUGCUGUCAGAUCAAUUAUUUUUGCUCAUACUAUUCCUGGUGUUUAUUAUUCUACUAAUUUCACUGAACAAGCUGCUGCUAACAAUGGAUAUCUUAAUUUAACUACUGUGAAUAAUGCUCAAUUACCUAUAUUCAUAAAUGGCACUAGAAUCACUUUGAAUGAUACUGCUCGUGUUGAAGAGUCUAAUAUUUUCUUUAAUAACGGUGUUAUGUAUGUUAUUGAUAAAGUCCUUAACUAUUCUACUCCUGCUUAA